ACGUACUCCUGCAGAUUCAUUUUGAUUAAGGACCUUGAAAGAUCACAACAAUAAAACCAUGCCUGUUGAAAUAAGAAGGGAAAAUCAUUUUCACCUUGUUUUCAAAUGAGAGCCAGAUAUCUAUUUGCAUAACAUUGCAUGGCGCCAUGACUCAACCGAAUGUUACAGUUCUUUCAGCGAAUUACUCUGGUGGCUCAGAAUCGGGUAAUUUGUUCCGUCCAUUUUCUGUCUUCAGCGUUCUCACCCUUACUUUGCUGGCCAUUCUAGUGGUGGCCACCUUUGUUUGGAACCUUCUGGUUUUGGUGACCAUCCUGAGGAUUCGCACAUUCCAUCGCGUUCCCCACAAUCUGGUUGCCUCCAUGGCCAUCUCGGACGUGAUGGUUGCAGGACUGGUUAUGCCUCUAAGUUUGGUUAGGGAGCUGUAUGGUCACCGCUGGAUUCUGGGUCGGGCCUUGUGUCAGGUCUGGAUCUCUUGCGAUGUGCUCUGCUGCACAGCCAGUAUCUGGAACGUGACAGCCAUUGCCCUAGAUCGUUACUGGUCCAUCACACGACAUCUGGAGUACACACUUAAGACACGCAAAAGGAUCUCCAAUGUGAUGAUUGGACUCACGUGGCUGCUCUCAUCUGUUAUCUCACUUUCACCACUCUUUGGUUGGGGUGAGACCUACUCAAAGGAGCGCCUGACUUGUCAAGUAAGCCAGGAGCCCUCAUACACAGUAUUCUCCACCUUUGGAGCCUUCUAUCUGCCCCUUUGUGUGGUACUAUUUGUCUACUGGAAGAUCUACAAGGCUGCCAAGUUUCGCAUUGGCUCCUGCAAAACCAACACCAUCACACCAAUGGCUGAGGUCAUAGAGGUAAAGGAGGCAGAACGGCAGCCGCAGAUGGCCUUUACGGUUCGUCAUGCCACUGUAUCGUUCCAGGCAGAUGGUGAGACGUGGCGGGAGCAGAAAGAGAGGAGAGCUGCUCUGAUGGUGGGCAUCCUGAUUGGUGUAUUCGUGCUCUGUUGGAUUCCCUUUUUCCUUGCUGAGCUCAUCAUUCCGCUCUGUUCAUGUGACAUCCCCCCUGUCUGGAAAAGUGUCUUUCUAUGGCUAGGCUACUCAAACUCCUUCUUCAAUCCACUCAUCUAUACAGCCUUUAACAAGAACUACAACAAUGCUUUCAGAAACCUUUUCUCCAGACAGCGAUAAGGAAUGGAUAGAAGAAAUAAGAAAACCUAGAGGUAGAAAAUGAGAACAUCAUCAAAAGAUAAUACAGAAAAGAUACAAAAGCACGAGCACAAAUGAGUUGGCUCUAACCUGUGGUUGAGGGGGCAGCCGACACACAUCAAGAAACUGCAGACCUAGUGAUGUUUCUAGUGAUCACAUUUUCACCUGCUCAUAAUAAAAUAUCUAUUUAUGGCUGCUGCUGAUGUCUUCUUGGUUAGACAAGUUGGACACCAUCUGCUAAAUAAGCAGUGCUGUCUACUAAAACCAUCCAAUUGCUUUGUUCUAUUUUCCUCUUAAGCAAAACUGAACCAUUAAAUAUAAAAAUGUAAUGCUCACCAUCUCAACAACUCUUAGGAGAAAAACCAUGGCUGUUUUACAUUGUUCUGAAUGAGUUUCCAAACAUCAAAUUAAGCCAGUAAGCCAUUUAUCAGCUAUUGGACAAUGUAUUUUUCUAUGGUUUAAAAAGCCAAAUACACAAAGUAAGGAUAUGUACGCUUGUUUAAAGUCUGAGCCUUGGCCUAAAAGACUUUGGCUAAGGAGAGAUGUAACAUGUCAUGGGCACUUACAGACUUCGUUGCAUUUCCUUUCCUUUCAUUAAUUUACUUUCUUAAGUACGUCAAAGGGCAAAAGAUGAACACAGACGGAAAUAAUGAUUUUAGGUUUGGAAAUGAUGAAAUGAAGCAAACUGUAACAGACAUUAAACAUAUAGUUCAUCCAAAAAGGAUAAUUCACUCAUCAUUUACUUCAUGCCUUCUCAAACUCACAUGACUUACUUUCUUUCUUCAGAACACAAACAAAGAUAUUUUCUGAGGUGUUUUUGUCAAUAAAAUGCAAGUCAGUUGGGUCCAACACUUUCUUAUGUCCAAAAAGGACAAAGGUACUAUGCUGUACAACUCCAGUGGUUUACUCGAUGUGCUCUGAAGCAAUAGGAUUGGUUUUGGGUGACAUACAGACCAAAAUGUAACCUAUACCUAUAACCUAUUUCACUAUAAAUCUUGACGUCUGCAGUCUCCUUGGUGCAAACAAACUAGUUUGAGAUGGAAUAAGUAAAUGAUGAGACAAAUUUGUAUUUUUGGGUGAACUAUUCAUUUACAUUAUAUCAGAAAAUAUGUGGACAGAAAGAAAAGACCACAUGGAAAUUCUGAACAAAAUCGUUGUUAAUGCUGUUAUACAGUAAAUGCCUUUUUUGUGAUCAGCAUUUAAGUACAGUGUAUAUCAUGAAUAAAUAUUUCUUCUUUGUAAGUUACAGUACCAUUGUAGCAAAGUAAACUGGAAUUUGGA